ACAAAGCAAAGAACUUUUUUUCUCCCCAAACAAAAUAAGUUGAAAAGAACGGUCUUUUUUAAUCCCCUUUGUUGUUCAAAUCUGACACGGAUCUGGGACGCUGCAAUUUGCUUCGAAGAGAGAAAAUCUUUGUGCAAGAUUCGAAAUUUGGGAGCUUUUCAUUUCUGGGUUGAAGUUAAAAACUGAAAAAAAGGCGUUGAUUGCAAUAAAUGGAGAAUCCGAGUAACGCUGAUGGGGAAGAGACAAGAAAUCAGACAAUACCUUCCACUUCUUCAACGACAUCCUCCGAUAGCUACCGUUUGUUUGGUCGUCAAGGUCCCCUUCACCAGUCUUUGGGUGGUGGUAAAGCGGCUGAUAUACUCUUGUGGAAGCGGUGGCGUGUUUCUUUUGGUGUCAUUCUUGUUGCUACUGUUGCUUGGCUUAUAUUUGAGCGGUCUGGAUUACCAUUCUUAUCUAUUUGUUCAGAUGUCUUGCUGAUAUUAAUUGUAUUGUUGUUUGUCCGUGCCAACUAUGCUGCUUAUAGAAAUGGACAACUACAAACAUUACCAGAGCUUGAAUUGUCAGAGGAAAUGGUUAAUAAUGCUGCAGCAUCAUUUCGUGUUAAAAUCAAUAAUUUGCUUCUUAUGGCUCAUGAUAUAACUCUUGGCAAAGAUUUUCGACUUUUUUUUAAGGUUGUGAUUUGUCUGUGGCUCUUGUCUGCCAUUGGUAGCUAUUGUUCUUUCUUCACACUUGCCUAUAUUGGAACUGUCUUAUCUGUUACUCUUCCUGCCUUCUACGGCAAAUAUGAAGAGCAUGUGGAUAAAUACUGUGGAAUGAUCCACCGAAAAUUUUCCCAGCACUAUAAGAUAGUGGAUGAGAGUGUGAUUAACAGAAUCCCCCGGAGUUUGUCCAAAGAUAAAGACGUCUAAGUCUCACAAUUUACAUAAAGGUUAUGAUUGAACAUGCUUUACUCUUGGAGUUUCAUUGACUGAUAUAAAGUCGUUGAUAUUUUGCUUCACCUUAAAUGAAAGCAGAUUCGUGUAAUCUGUUAUGUUAUCUGCAUGUUUCACCAUCAAUCGAGUUGCAACAUCAGCUAAAUACUUCUUCCACGUUAGAGUUGAAAGAAAAGGAAGGUUCAGUUAUUUGUACAUAUCUUCUAUUCCAAGAUUCCACAGUACUCAUUUCUUGUUGCUGAUUCUUGAAUAGCCAUUAUGGUCUGUGUGGAGCUUCUACGUUUGCUGGGAAUGUAGAAUUAUUUAAUGGUAGGGGAGUUGUGCUAAUGUGUAAUGGCCAUCGCACAUCGGUUGAUUUUUGGAUCUAUUUUUACUAAAUAAUUUUGAAGAAUAUAGCUCUGGUUGCUUGUUU